AUGGCUACAAAUAUAGUAAAUUUGAGUAAUUUCAGGAGGUUGUGUUUGUCGUCUCGUACCUUGAGGAUAACGCAGAACUUAAGGGUUUUGCCUGUCCCUUCGAUAUCGGUGAGCAAGAAAUAUACGACAAAAUCUGCCAAAGAGAGUAAGGACAAUUUGGAUGAGAAACAUGGGCAAGAAAAAAAGAAUGCAUUAAAAAGUUCCAGUGUACCAACUUCACGAAUAUCGAGAUUAUUCCAUUAUGGUUCAUUAGCAGCAGGGGUUGGGAUGAAUGCCGCCGCAAAAGGUAUAUCGGAAGUUGCCAAAGGAAAUUCUCCCACUUGGAAGUCGUUGAUCUUGUCUGAUUCAAAUAUUGACAAAAUAACGAAUAAAUUCUCCAAAAUGAGGGGUGUGGCUUUAAAAAUAGGGCAAAUAUUAUCUUUUCAGGAUGAGAAAGUACUUCCAAAGGAGUUAUACGAAAUUUUGUCACGAGUGCAGAACAGUGCAAAUCAUAUGCCCCAAAGACAAUUAGAAAGGGUUAUGGCCAGGGAAUUGGGCGCUGAUUGGAAUGCCAAAUUUUCCAGAUUUGAUAAAGUGCCAAUGGCAGCGGCUAGCAUUGGGCAGGUGCAUGCGGCAGAACUACUUGAUGGUCAAAGGGUAGUGGUCAAGAUUCAAUAUCCUGGUGUUAAAGAAUCUAUUGAUUCGGAUUUGAAUAGUUUACUAAUGUUACUUACAGCCUCAAGUUUAUUACCGAAGGGUUUAUUUUUAGAGAAGACAAUUGCCAAUGCAAGAACCGAGUUAAAAUGGGAAUGUGAUUACAAUAGGGAAGCUAGGGCACUUCAAAAAUUUGAGACAUUACUGAAGGAUGACCCAGUUUUUGAGGUUCCUCAUGUGUUUUCCGAGUACACAACUAGUAAUAUUAUAACCAUGACACAUAUGGAGGGAAUUGAAAUAAUGAAGUUGCCCAAUGCAUCACAAGAAACCAAAAAUUUUAUAUCAGAAAAUAUCAUGAGACUAUGUUUGGAGGAAAUUGCCACAUUCAAAUACAUGCAAACAGAUCCUAAUUGGGCUAAUUUUUUGUAUAACGGCAAAACAAACAAAAUUGAACUAUUAGAUUUUGGAGCAUCCAGACCUUUUGCAGAUGAUUUUAUUUUGCGGUAUAGGAAACUUUUAACAUACGCCACUUUAAAAGAUCGUAAAGGCGCAUACGAGAUGUCUGUGCAAUUGGGCUACUUGACUGGCUUAGAGUCGCAAUCCAUGAAAGACGCUCAUGUCGAUAGUGUGCUUACAUUGGGUGAACCUUUUAGGGGUGAUAUCGAUAAACCAUUUGAUUUCAAGGAUCAAACUGUUUCAGACAGAAUUAGAGGCAAUAUUGGACUAAUGUUGGAUGAGAGGUUGUGUCCACCGCCAGAGGAGACUUACUCAUUACAUAGAAAAUUUAGCGGCAUUUUCCUUUUGUGUGCAAGAAUGGGUGCUUCUGUUCAUUGUGCCAAACUUUUCAAAGAGAUCUUUGCCUAUAAAGUUUAA